UUAUUUAUGGGAGGUCAAACACUUAGUGAUCAAGAGAGGAGCCAGGUGGGAUUCGUCCAUGGAUCAUCAUGCGAUGUGUUGUCCACGACAGUUGCCAGACUGUACGAGGGCAAACAGGGCUGUUGGGAAUACACUGGUAUCGUUGGCGCGAUAUCCGUGGUGAGCAAUCGCGUGGAGAAGAGUGCCUACAUCAAGAUUGUCGACUUAAGGAACACUACGGUGGCCUUUGACCAAGAGAUCUAUGAGACCUUUGACUACAGCAAGGCUCGUGACUUCUUCUACACCUUUGAAGGUGACAACUCUGUCUUUGGUCUAUCAUUCGCCGAUGUGAUCGAGGCUGCCGAAUUCUUUGGCAAUGUUCUCAACGCCAAGAACAGCGUCCGCAUGAACGCUGCUUCAUCCCCAGCCAUUGCUUCGCAAAAGCCAGCAUCACCUCCAACAACAUCGGCCAAGCCAGAGAAGAAGAAGAAGAAGGGAUUCCUUUCAUCGAUAUUUGGUGGCGGAGAUACAAUUGACGAGGACUUGCCAAUCUCUCAACCAACUGGAUUUAGACAUGAGAGUCAUAUUGGAUGGGACCCAUCACAAGGUUUCGAGAUUAGGAACAUCCCACCCGACUGGAGGAAGCUGUUCCAGUCGGCCGGUAUCACCAAGAAGGAGCUCAAGGAUGUCGAGACUGCUCAGUUCAUCGUCAGCGUCAUUGGUGAAGCCGUGGCACAGGGUGGAGCGGGUGUGCCUGCACGCUCAGGCGGACCCCCUGGACCACCUCCACCCCCAAUGGCAAGUCGUGGCAAUGCACCGCCUCCACCUCCACCCCCUGGAGGCAAGGGAGCACCUCCUCCCCCUCCACCUCCCGGUGGCGGUGGUGGCGGUGGCGGCGGUGGUGGCGGUGGUCGUGGCGACCUCCUCUCAGCCAUCAGAGGUGGUGCCAGUCUUCGCAAGGUCGAUCCAAACGAGCCAAUUCCCGACAUUCAGAAACUAGAUGAAGAAGGAAACAGAUCAUUGGUCGACACUCUCGCUCUUGCCAUGGCACAACGUCGUGGUAACAUGAGAGAGGAUGAUGAAGAGGACGAUGAAGACUCUGAAUGGUCCGAC